GACACUACACAGAUGGGUCGUCGUCCUGCAAAGUGCUACCGCUACUGCAAGAACAAGCCGUUCCCCAAGUCUCGCUACAACCGAGGUGUUCCUGACCCAAAGAUCCGCAUCUUCGACCUCGGUCGCAAGAAGGCACCCGUAGAGGAUUUCCCUUACUGUGUCCACUUGGUCUCGGACGAAUAUGAGCAGCUCUCUUCGGAAGCGUUAGAGGCAGCUCGUAUCUGCGCCAACAAGUACUGCACAAAGACAUCCGGCAAGGAUUCCUUCCAUCUCCGCGUUCGAGUCCACCCUUUCCACGUCGUCCGAAUCAACAAGAUGUUGUCCUGCGCCGGCGCCGAUCGACUGCAAACGGGCAUGAGAGGCGCUUGGGGAAAGCCAUACGGCAAGGUCGCUCGUGUCAACAUCGGCCAAGUCAUUCUCAGCGUCCGCACGCGUGACUCCAACAAGGCCGUCGUCAACGAGGCUCUCCGUCGUGCCCGCUACAAGUUCCCUGGUCGCCAAAAGAUCAUCGUCAGCAAGAAGUGGGGCUUCACCGCGCUCUCGCGACAGGAGUUCCUCGAUGCCAAGAAUGCCGGCAAGAUCAGAAAAGCCGUGUCAGUGAUGGCGCUUACGUUCAGUAUCUCAAGGAGCACGGCCCGCUCGUCAAGAACCUGCGCACUGCCGAUAUCGCCAAUGGCCGUAUUUGAUGCGCUCGUUUGGAUGCAUGCUAGCUGUUCCCGCGAUGUAGCUACAUCGAGAGGACAGUCCGAAGUCUGA